CAAAACCGUGUGGUUGGGGCAAUGCAGCUCUACUCUAUGGAUAGGAAGGUUUCACAACCCAUAGAAGGCCAUGCUGCCGCUUUUGCAGAGUUCAAGAUUGAGGGGAAUGCCAAGCCUUCCACCCUUUUCUGCUUUGCUGUACGCAGUCCCACAGGAGGCAAGUUGCACAUAAUUGAAGUCGGACAGCCGGCAGCAGGAAACCAACCUUUUGUAAAAAAAGCUAUGGAUGUGUUUUUCCCUCCAGAGGCGCAGACUGAUUUUCCAGUGGCUAUGCAGGUUGGAGCCAAACAUGGGGUGAUUUACUUGAUCACAAAGUAUGGCUAUCUUCAUAUGUAUGACCUGGAGUCUGGUGUGUGCAUCUAUAUGAACCGUAUUAGUGCCGACACAAUCUUUGUAACAGCUCCACACGAACUUACCUCUGGAAUUAUUGGUGUCAACAAAAAGGGACAGGUGCUGUCAGUUUGUGUUGAAGAAGAUAACAUUGUGAAUUAUGUGACCAGCGUUCUUCAGAAUCCAGACUUUGGUCUGCGUUUGGCCAUUCGUAGUAACCUGGCUGGGGCAGAGGAGUUGUUUGUGAGAAAAUUCAGUACCUUUUUUGCACAGGGGAACUAUGCUGAACCCGCCAAAGUAGCAGCAUCUGCACCAAAGGGAAUCCUACGUACCAGCGACACGGUUCAGAAGUUCCAAAGCGUACCCGCCCAGCCUGGUCAGGCUUCUCCUUUGCUCCAGUACUUUGGAAUUCUGCUUGACCAGGGUCAGCUCAAUAAACUUGAAUCCUUAGAACUUUGCCGGCCGGUUCUUCAUCAGGGGCGCAAGCAACUCUUAGAAAAGUGGCUGAAAGAGGAAAAGCUGGAGUGUUCGGAAGAGCUUGGAGAUUUGGUCAAAACUGCUGACCCUACCCUCGCUUUGAGUGUGUACCUUCGGGCAAAUGUGCCAAGCAAAGUUAUCCAGUGUUUUGCAGAAACAGGCCAAUUUCAGAAAAUUGUGCUGUACGCCAAAAAGGUUGGGUGUACCCCAGACUGGAUCUUUUUGCUGAGGAGUGUGAUGAGGAUCAGCCCAGAACAGGGUCUGCAGUUUUCACAAAUGCUAGUGCAGGAUGAGGAGCCAUUGGCCAACAUUAACCAGAUUGUAGACAUUUUUAUGGAAAACAGUUUAAUUCAGCAGUGUACUUCCUUCUUGUUGGAUGCUUUGAAGAAUAAUCACCCAGCUGAGGGGCACCUCCAGACUCAGCUGUUGGAGAUGAACCUGAUUCAUGCACCCCAGGUUGCAGAUGCCAUUCUUGGAAAUCAGAUGUUUACUCAUUAUGAUCGGGCCCACAUUGCCCAGCUCUGUGAGAAGGCAGGCCUUCUGCAGCGGGCACUGGAGCACUACACCGACCUCUAUGACAUCAAGAGGGCUGUGGUCCACACUCACCUCCUCAAUCCCGAGUGGCUCGUCAACUUUUUUGGCUCCUUGUCAGUGGAGGAUUCUGUGGAGUGUCUGCAUGCCAUGCUGUCUGCUAACAUCAGGCAGAACCUUCAGCUGUGUGUGCAGGUGGCCUCCAAGUACCACGAACAACUGGGUACACAGUCCCUGGUGGAGCUCUUUGAGUCCUUCAAGAGUUAUGAAGGCCUCUUCUACUUCCUGGGCUCAAUUGUGAACUUCAGCCAAGAUCCAGACGUGCAUUUGAAAUACAUUCAGGCAGCCUGUAAGACGGGGCAGAUCAAAGAAGUAGAGAGGAUAUGCCGAGAGAGCAGCUGCUACAACCCGGAGCGUGUGAAGAACUUCCUGAAGGAGGCCAAGCUCACAGACCAGCUUCCCCUCAUCAUCGUAUGUGAUCGGUUUGACUUUGUCCAUGACCUCGUGCUAUAUUUAUACCGCAACGACCUGCAGAAGUACAUUGAGAUCUACGUUCAGAAGGUCAACCCCAGCCGGAUCCCAGCUGUGGUUGGGGGACUGCUUGAUGUGGAUUGUUCUGAAGAAGUAAUUAAAAACUUAAUCAUGGUGGUGAGAGGACAGUUCUCUACUGAUGAGCUGGUGGCUGAAGUAGAGAAAAGAAACAGGCUCAAGUUACUGCUUCCCUGGCUGGAGUCCCGGAUUCAUGAAGGCUGUGAAGAGCCUGCCACUCACAAUGCACUUGCCAAAAUCUACAUUGACAGCAACAACAGUCCCGAGCGCUUCUUGAGGGAGAACGUCUACUAUGACAGUAGUGUGGUGGGCCGGUACUGUGAGAAGCGGGACCCGCAUCUGGCCUGUGUUGCCUAUGAACGGGGACAGUGUGACCUGGAGCUCAUCAAGGUUUGCAGUGAGAAUUCUCUGUUCAAAAGCGAGGCCCGCUACUUGGUGCACAGGAAGGAUCCAGAGCUCUGGGCUUAUGUCCUUGAGGAGACCAACCCAUCCAGGAGACAGCUGAUUGACCAGGUGGUACAAACAGCAUUGUCAGAAACACAGGAUCCUGAAGAGGUCUCAGUCACUGUCAAAGCCUUUAUGACAGCUGAUCUGCCUAACGAACUGAUUGAGCUGCUGGAGAAGAUUGUUCUGGACAACUCUGUCUUCAGCGAGCACAGGAAUCUCCAGAAUCUGCUGAUUCUGACAGCCAUCAAGGCAGACCGCACGCGGGUCAUGGAAUACAUCAGCCGCCUGGACAACUACGAUGCCCCAGACAUCGCGAGCAUUGCUAUUAGCAGUGCACUGUAUGAGGAGGCCUUUGUCAUCUUCUGCAAGUUUGAUGUGAAUGCCUCAGCAAUCCAGGUCCUGAUCGAGCACAUUGGAAACCUAGACCGAGCAUAUGAAUUUGCAGAGAGAUGCAAUGAACCUGCUGUGUGGAGUCAGCUGGCCCGAGCCCAACUCCAGAAAGACUUGGUGAAGGAAGCCAUUGACUCCUAUAUCAGAGCGGACGACCCUUCCUCUUACCUAGAAGUUGUUCAGGCAGCCAGCAGGAAUAACAACUGGGAGGAUUUAGUUAAAUUCCUGCAGAUGGCCAGGAAAAAGGGUCGUGAGUCCUAUGUAGAGACUGAAUUUAUUUUUGCCUUGGCUAAAACCAGCCGUCUGUCUGAGCUAGAAGACUGUAUUAAUGGACCCAACAAUGCCCACAUCCAGCAGGUUGGAGACCGCUGUUAUGAAGAGGGAAAGUACGAGGCUGCCAAGCUGCUGUAUAGCAACGUCUCUAACUUCGCCCGCCUGGCUUCUACUUUGGUCCACCUUGGGGAGUAUCAGGCAGCAGUGGACAGCAGCCGCAAGGCCAGCAGCACCCGGACCUGGAAGGAGGUGUGCUUUGCCUGUGUGGACGGGCAGGAGUUCCGCCUUGCACAGCUGUGUGGUCUUCACAUCGUCAUUCAUGCUGAUGAGCUGGAGGAGCUAAUACGAUAUUACCAGGAUCGGGGCUACUUUGAGGAACUGAUCUCCCUUCUGGAGGCGGCCCUGGGCCUGGAGCGAGCCCACAUGGGCAUGUUCACAGAGUUGGCCAUCCUCUACUCCAAGUUCAAGCCACAGAGGAUGCCGGAGCACCUGGAGCUCUUUUGGUCCCGUGUCAACAUCCCGAAGGUGCUCAGAGCUGCGGAGCAGGCACAUCUCUGGGUGGAGCUGGUGUUCCUCUAUGAGAAGUACGAGGAGUAUGACAAUGCUGUCCUAACCAUGAUGAGUCACCCUACUGAGGCAUGGAGAGAAGGUCAGUUCAAGGACAUCAUCACCAAGGUUGCCAACGUUGAGCUCUGUUACAAAGCCCUAAAGUUCUAUUUGGAUUACAAGCCUCUGCUCAUCAAUGACUUGCUGCUGGUGCUGUCUCCCCGGCUGGAUCACACCCGGACAGUCUGUUUCUUUUCAAAGGUAGGCCAGCUGCCCCUUGUGAAGCCUUACCUGCAGUCAGUCCAGAGCCACAACAACAAGAGUGUGAAUGAGGCACUCAAUCACCUGUUGACAGAAGAGGAGGAUUAUCAGGGCUUGAGGGCAUCUAUUGAUGCCUAUGACAACUUUGACAACAUCAGCCUGGCUCAGCGGCUGGAGAAGCACCCACUGAUCGAAUUCCGGCGCAUUGCGGCUUAUCUGUACAAGGGCAAUAACCGGUGGACCCAGAGCGUGGAGUUGUGCAAGAAGGACCGUCUUUAUAAGGACGCCAUGCAACACGCUGCAGAGUCGCGGGAUGCCGAGCUGGCCGAGAAGUUGCUGCAGUGGUUUGUGGAGGAAGGCAAGCAGGAGUGCUUUGCGGCCUCUCUCUUCACCUGCUACGACCUACUUCACCCCGAUGUGGUGCUCGAACUGGCCUGGAGACACAAUCUUGUGGACUUUGCCAUGCCCUACUUCAUCCAGGUGAUGAGGGAGUACCUUAGCAAGGUGGACAAACUGGAUGCCUCAGAGAGUCUGCGCAAGCAGGAGGAGCAUGUGGCAGAGCCUGCCCCUCUCCUGUUUGGCCAGCAGCUGAUGCUGACUUCAGGCCCUGCUGCCGGCACAGCCCCUGCCAGCACAGCCCCUGCCAGCUUCCCCUAUGCAUACAUCACUGCUCCUGCCUUCACCCCACCUCCCGUGUACAGCUUCAGUGUGUAUUCCGCUCCAGGCCCAGGCGAGUUAUACAAACUGCACCUUGACCUACAGCUCGCGAAGACUCCGCCCUCAUCCCCGCUGCUGUCGGUUUCCCGGGGGCCUCGCAUCAGCCAUUGGCUGCACUACGGCGGCCUGGCGGGCGGCAUCGAAAUCUGCAUCACGUUCCCCACCGAGUACGUGAAGACGCAGCUGCAACUGGACGAGCGCUCGCACCCGCCUCGGUACCGGGGCAUCGGGGACUGCGUGAGGCAGACGGUCCGCAACCAUGGCGUCCUGGGCCUGUACCGCGGCCUCAGCUCCCUGCUCUACGGCUCCAUCCCCAAGGCGGCCGUCAGGUAA